ACCUUCGCUGCUCAACGCGUGACUCGUAUAAAUUUCGGUGAUCUCGGAUACCACGGAGAGGAUCAAUGAAUCUUGACUUCCUGAUAGUGGUGAUGGAUGUGGUGGCCCUUGGAGCUGCUCUCAAUCUGCCUCUGACGUUUUUAGGGAGUCAGGAGUCACUGGGUGGAGCUGUGAGGGGCGUGCUGGAGGCCUCCUCACCAAACAGCUGUACCGUCAUGGUGGUGACACAACACGUCGACCACCUCUCCACCCUCCUCCAGGAAGUGAGGGAGGCUGGGCACCCCUUGGCGUUGUUCAGGGUGGAGGGCGGCGUCAACACCACCCACUCAGAUCUGCCUCACCUGGUGUCCUCCGCCAGGAAGGUGCGGCAAAAGUCUUGGUGUGUAACGGUGGUGGUGGUGAGCGACGACCCCGCCUUCCUCGCCUCCUUCGCCCAAAAGAGCCGGAGUGGGCGGCUCCUCGUGUGGGAGUCGAGGCUGAUGUUGGUGACUCGCCUACUGAGCCUUCCACAGGUGAACACACUCCUACAGCGCCACUGGACCUUCUCCAUGAUGAACACGAUGUUGAUCAACCUCAACAAGGACUCAGCCAGGUGGGAGGUGUACACCCAUCAGCCCUACACCCCAACAGGAUCGCGAGUGUUGCUCCUGGCAUACUGGACGCCUGAAUCUGGCCUCAUACGUGCCCGCAACGCUUCUCUCUUCCCUGAGAAAUUCACAAACUUCCACGGGGCACACGUGCCAGUAACCGCCCUCAUCCUGCCGCCCUUCUGGAAGGUUAUAGGUCGUGCCCCUGACGGCUCCAUCGAAUACUCUGGCCGCGACUGUCUCAUGAUGAAGUCAGUGGCCCGCGCCCUUAACUUCACCAUUGUUCUUCUUCGCUCCUCCAACAUAGAUGAGGUGAUGGCCAGACUGGAGGACGGCAGGGCCAUGAUCUUCGCCUUCCGGGUGAUGCUCAUCCCCCAGGUUUUGGCCCGAGUUGACCACACCUACUUCAUCGACCGGGCCACCUUCACCUUCUCUAUGCUCAAGCCCACCAUUAUAUCCCGGUGGCAGAAUCUCUACUACCCACUACAGAUGGAGGUGUGGGCCGCUACCCUGGCACUGCUGGUCGUCAUGCCGGGGUUGUUGUACGUGCUCGUGUACGCCAGUGGUAACCAGAGGGUGAGGGCGACACUUAAGACGAGGUCGUCGGUGCUGGAGAUCGUGGGGAUGUUACUGGGACAAGGCCUCUUGGUGACUCUUUUCCGUGACAACUCAACGCGGAUGUUGGUGGUGGUCUGGCUAGUGUUUGCCUUCAUCAUUUGCACAGCUUAUCGUGGGACCCUCACCGCCUUUCUCACUGUGCCCAAGUACCCUCACCGCCCAGAGACCAUUGAAGAGCUGGCAACUACUGGCGUUGGGGUGAGGUUCACCCAAAACGCCACACGGUUCCUGAAGUACUUCGAGGAGUCCAAGUUGAGUGCGUACAAGAGCGUGAGCAGCAGAGUAGAAAUCGUGGACAGUGUUAUGGCUGGCCUGCAGGAGGUCUCAGAGAACAAGAUUGCCUUUUUCCACGAGCGCUACAACACGGAGUUGUACAUCACCCAGUACUUCACGGAUCCUGACGGGAUAUCGCAGUUCUACGUGGCCCGCCAGAACGUUAUCCCCAAUUACGCCGCUUACAUGACCCCGCACGACGCGCCCUACAAACACUCACUCGAUUACUGGCUACUCCGCAUCAUCGAGAGUGGACUGAAGGAGAAGUUUACGGACGACAUGGUGAGGGAGGCCUGGCAGGAGAUUCGUCAGAAGAAGAAGAAACAACGUGAGGACUUGCAGGAGCAACAGACCAACAGUGUCGUUGCGAAGUCCGGGGACAGCCAGAAGCCCCUCAGUCUUACCCACCUACAGGGCGCCCUAUUGCUCUUGGUACUUGGGUUUAUCCUCGGAGGCGUCACCUUCGUCCUUGAGAUUGGGACGGUGGAACACUGUCGGCCGCUAUCCUCCCAGGCCAAUGUUCCCUCACAGUGACGAAAUAUAUGAGAUUACGAGACACUGCACGUUCCUGGUACUGUAUGUAUGUAUGUAGUGCUCUACCGCCCAACCAUCACAUCUUGCACAUCUGAAAACUCAUUCUUAAUCUAUGUUUGUAAUGAAUUUUCGUGUGUGUACAGAUAACUUAGUGAGCCACGGAGCGGAAGUCACCAGCUGAUCUAGUAUAUAUAAUGUACGUGAUCUCAACCUACUAACACAGACUCCGUUAUACACCAUACAACUUCUGAUUGUAUUUUAAUUUAUGCUCUAUGUAUUUUUAUGUAUACUCUAUAUGCUGAUCACUGUAACUGUACUCAAUAAAUGAAGUGGAAAUCA